AUGGUAAGCCUCUUCAACUUGGAGGCCGCCAGAUUGGGUUAUUCUCUAUUUCCCAAAACUAAAAGAUUUGUUGUUGGGGUUGGGGAUCUAAAACCCUCGGAUUUUGAUUUUUCUCUUCAAAGUCUGAUACUCUGCAGACACUUUGUCUCAGAAAUCUCACAAACCGACCACGAUUUCACAGUCAAUUACCUCAUAAACUCUUGUGGGUUGUCUCCAGAAGGUGCAAUUUCAGCAUCCAAGCGGGUCAAGUUGCGAUCCCCGGAAAGAGCUGAUUCUGUUCUGUCAUUUCUCAGAAGCCAUGGCUUCUCUGCAACCCAGAUCUCCAAGCUCAUCAGGUCACGUCCGCAACUUCUCGUGGGCUAUCCGGAGAAAACCCUUUUGCCAAAGCUUGAGUUUUUCUUGUCUAUUGGAAUUUCAAGGGAGGAGCUUGCAAAAACUUUUGCUUCCGUUCCUGCUCUUUUGGAUGUGAGCUUGCAGAAACGGAUAAAACCCACUUGUCUUUUCCUUGGGAAUCUGCUUUCUGGGAAAAAUUUUGUUGCUUUUUUGAAGAACGGCUCGCGGAUUUUUUUGGAAGGCCAUUCGAAGAAUCUGACGCCGAAUAUUGGGAUUUUGAGAGAACUAGGUAUGCCCCAAUCAUGUAUUUCUCUGUUGCUAGCUCAUUUUCCUAGCUGUCUAAUACGAAAUCCUGAGAAUUUCGGCAAAGUUGUGGAUGAGGUUAAGCAAAUGGGCUUUAAUCCGGAGAAAUCAACGUCUGCGAUGGCAAUAAAAGCUUUGUGUAGUAAGUCCAUAUGGAAUCAUAAUUGUGAAUCUUAUAAGAGGUGGGGUUGGUCAGAGGACGAUGUUCUCUCUGCUUUCAAGCGGUUCCCACAUUGUAUGACCAAGUCGGAGAAGAAAAUAAUGCAGGUAAUGGAAUUUCUAGUGAACAAAAUGGGAUGGCCGGCGCGAGUUAUUGCCAAAUACCCAGCCAUUGUGAGUCUCAGUUUGGAGGAGCGAAUAAUCCCAAGGUGCUCGGUUGUUAAAGUUUUGAUGUUGAAAGGAUUGAUGAAGGAAAUUGAAAAUGUGAGUUUGUAUUCCGUAAUGCUCCCUGCAGAGAAAUUCUUCUUGGCGAAGUUUGUAACCGGAUAUAUAGAUGAAGUACCUCAGUUGUUGAGUGUGUAUCAAGGAAAAGUUAAAGUUGAGGAUGUAUGA